AUGGUUGUUCUCUCUGAACUUUGUGAAGGACCUUCAUCUUCUUCAUCAACUCAUGGUCAUAGAUAUGACGUAUUUUUAAGUUUCAGAGGUGUUGACACUCGUCAUGGUUUCACUAAUCAUCUUUAUAAUGCCCUUGUUCAUGCCAAUAUCACUACCUUCUUGGAUGAUGAAGAUAUUGAAACCGGGGAAGAUCUGAAACCAGAAUUGAAGAGUGCUAUUAAAUCAUCUAGGGCUUCUAUUAUCGUAUUGUCCAGGAACUAUGCUGCUUCCACAUGGUGCCUUGAUGAACUGGUGUUGAUCCUUGAGCAACAUAUGACAUCCAAUCACAUUGUUUUCCCGAUUUUUUAUCAUGUUGAGCCCACCCAUGUCAGGAACCAACAAAGUAGCUUUGGAGAGGCAAUGGAUAAACAUAGACAGCGGAUGGAGGCAGAGACCGAUGCAAAUAAAAGUAAAUUGGCUAAAAAAUUAGAGCUUUGGAAUAAAGCGCUUAGCGCAGUUGCUGAUUUAAAAGGGAAGGAUGCAAAUGACAGGUUAGAGGUGGAGUUUAUUGAUGAAAUUGUCAAAGACAUCUUCCGUAGAUUACGCAUAUCCUCAAGGUUUCCACUACCACAACUUAUUGGGAUGGAAGAUUCCAUUGAAGUCGUCACUUCAUGGUUGAAAGAUGCAUCAUCACAUACGACAAAUAUACUCACUAUUUUGGGGAUGGGUGGGAUCGGGAAGACGUCUUUAGCCAAAUAUGUCUAUGCGUUACAUUCUCAUGAAUUUGACACAAGCAGCUUUGUUGAAGAUAUUAGUAAGAAAUGUAAUGAGAAAUCGAAUGGGAUGCUUGAUGUACAAAAACAACUCUAUAAUGACAUUUCAAAACUAAGUUCAGUUCAAGUUCAUGAUGUUUCUAUGUACACCUCAAUGAUAGAGAAUGCAGUAGCCCGUAAAAAGGUGUUUCUAGUUCUUGAUGAUAUUGGUAGUAUCGAUCAGCUAGAUGCGUUAUUUGGAACGGAAGGUUUUCACCCAGGAAGCAAAAUUCUAAUAACAACAAAGGACGCAUGGUUGACACAGAGUAGUUCACCAUUCAAAACAAACAUUAAACCUAAGUAUGCAGAGCACAAGAUUAAAGGCUUAUCUACGAUUGAAUCACAAAAACUUUUGUGUUAUCAUGCAUUUAUCUGCAACAAUCCCAAGGCAGGUUAUGAAGAGGUGUCAGGAAAGCUAGUGAAGUAUUGUGAAGGACAUCCAAUGGCGCUUAAAAUUUUAGGUAGGUCUCUACAUAAUCGAGAUGUAACUUAUUGGGAGGGGUACAUAGACCGACUAAAGAAAGAAAAUCAUUCCCCUAUAAAUACAGUCUUGAGAAUGAGUUUUGACUCUUUGCCAUCAGAAAAUGAUAAGGAGUUGUUUAAGCAUAUCGCUUGUAUCUUUGUUGGAAUGGAUAGAGAUGUUAGUGUAACAAUAUUAGAGGCAUGUGAUAUAGAGACAAGAUCCGGGAUCAUGAAUCUUAUGGAUAGAGGUCUUCUUAGUAUCGGAUGGAAUAAAGAAUUAAGGAUGCAUCAGUUGGUUCAAGAGAUGGGAAGAUUUGUGGUACGUGAAGAAUCACUUUAUAAGCCAUGGGAACGAAGUCGAAUAUGGGGUUAUGAGUCAUUCAGAGUGUUGAAACAAAAAAAGAGUAUGGAAAAUGCUCUAGGCCUCACACUUGACAUGAGAAUGCUUGAGAAAGAGAACUAUCAACAACGACUUCAUAAGAGGCUAAAGCAAUUGAUUGGAUCAUGCUUAAAAGACAAAAGUUAUGAAGAACCAGAGGAAUCUGAAAUCCAGAUGUAUUAUGAAUUUGGAAUAUUCAGCACAAUUUAUGGAGGCCAAGAGAUGCCAAAUUGGAUUACAGAUAGAAGCGCGGGGCCAUCAAUAUCAUUUACAAUCCCAUCAUCUCUUAACAGGUUCAGAGGAUUGAAUUUCUGCUGUGUGCUGACACCCCAUCAUCAAUAUCGUAUCCGUAAGAAGGAGCCCGCUUCAAAGAUGUGCUAUUCUACUUCAAAGCUUUGUCCCAAAGGAAGUCUGGCAUACUGGAGGAUGGACACUAACUGGGCAGUCAAGGCGAAGCUUUGUCGCUCAACAUACUUGCACUUCACCUGACCUUUCCUCGUCUCUACAACUCAGGGAUUCUAAGCAAUCUUUUUUCAGGUUUGUUUCAAAACAUGCAUGUUCAAUAAUUUUAUACAAUAAUAGGUUGGAUAUAUUUUAUGUAUACACUAGCC